AUGGCUACUUGUGCUGCUGCUGCUUCUUCUCAGGCUGGUUGGAGCUACAAGGGAAAACAGAAAUGGAAAAUGGUUUUGUUGCCCAUCUUCCUGGUUUUAGUGCAUUUAAUCCCAGUAAACCCCAUCAGGGAAGAUGGUUUGAAUCCUAAAAGCCGAAAGAGAAUAAUGCCUGAUUUGCUGACUGAGCCUCCUGCAAUAGAUCCUGUUUAUGAAGCUCAUGUUUACUGCAAUAUUCCCACCAUUGCUGAACGCAGCAUGGAAGGUCAUGCACCUCAUUAUUUUAAGCUAGUGUCAGUUCAAGUGUUGAUUCGACACGGAGAUAGGUACCCGCUAUAUGCCAUUCCCAAGACAAAGAGACCUGACAUUGACUGUAUGUUGCUGCCUAGCAGGAAACCGUCUCAUCCUCAGCUUGAAGCUUUCAUUAAACAUAUGUCCAGAGGGUCUGCAGCCCAAAUGGAUGGUUCCCUAAGCAACCUGCCUCGUUACCCUAGUCAUUCUUUGUGUGAAAUGGGAGAGCUUACACAGACAGGGGUUGUACAACACUUGCGAAAUGGACAACUAUUACGAGAAAUUUAUAUAAACAAACAUAAAUUGCUUCUGAGUGAAUGGACAGCAAAACAGCUCUACCUGGAGACAACAGGAAAAAGUCGAACUCUGCAGAGUGCGUUGGCACUGCUCUACACUUUUUUGCCAGAUUUUGACUGGAAGAAAAUUAACAUGAGGCAUCAGUGGAGCACCAUUUUUUGCUCUGGAAGCUGCGACUGUCCUAUGCGAAACCACUACCUAGAAGAGGAACAGCGCAGACAAUACAGUUUACGGGUGAAAAACAAUGAUUUGGAGAAAAUAUAUGUGGAUAUGGCAAAGAUAGUAGGCAUUCCCACCAGGCAGUUGAGAGCUUCUAACCCUAUAGAUUCUCUCUUGUGCUAUUUUUGCCACAAUGUCAGUUUUCCAUGUACUAAAACUGGCUGCAUUGGUAUGGAACACUUCAAAGUAAUCAAAAGACAUCAGUUGGAGGAUGAGAGAGAAAGACAGGAAAAGAAACUUUAUUUCUUGUAUGCACUAUUGGCUACUCAUCCUCUCCUCAACCAGACUGUUAAUCGGCUGCAGCGUAUUGCAGAAGGCAAGAAAGAAGAAGUAUUUGUUCUUUACUCUGCACAUGAUGUCACGUUGUCACCUGUUCUUAGUGCCUUGGGCGUUACAGAGGCCAGAUUUCCAAGAUUUGCUGCCAGAUUAGUUUUUGAGCUGUGGCAGGAUGGGAAGAGACCCAAAGAACACUUUAUCCGCAUCCUGUAUAAUGGCGCUGAUGUCACAUUCCAGACCUCGUUUUGCAAGGAUUAUUAUAAACGUUCCAGCAAGCCAAUGUGCCCACUAGAAAAAUUUGUUAACUUUGUCAAGAGGGAUAUGUUCUUAGUUUUUAACAGCACUAGUUAUUAUGAUGCAUGUCGUAGAAGACCACUGUAGGGAAGGAAAGUGAAAAGGAAGCAAUGUUAAGUUUCGUAUCAGUGAAAGCCUGUAUUCUGGUUGAGGUGCAGUUCAGUUCUGUUAUUUCUUGUACUUGCAUGUGUAAGUACAAAAGGGUAUUGCUUGAAACAUUCUUCAAAUAGUUUUAUUUUCAUUCAGACUGCAGAUGGUCUCCAAUAGAAGAACAAAUACUGCGGGAGUGUUAUGUAUAUGUGUAUGCUCACAUAUGCUGUGUUAACUGUAAUGAAAUGAUAAAUCACAUGGGCUACUGUAACCUGGAUGUCGCUUGAUAAAGAUUGAGAGAGCGUAGACUUCGUUUCUCUGUUUUCCAGAGCAAUACUUGGAUACCGUAAGUUUAAAACCAAACCCAUUUUUUUCACCGCCAUCUCAGUCGUUUUAAGCAGUUUGUAUCAAGGUGUUUAUGAAUUCCAGGCAUCUGCAUUAAACCGUUUGUAAGGAAUUCUUGACGCUCCCUACUCAAAAAGAAGCAUUUUAAUAUUUAGGGGUAGGUCUUUAAAGCAAAGUGCAUGUGUGUAUCUGUGCAUACUUACCUGAGCAUGUACAAAUGAGCGUG